GUGUGUGUGUGAGCCAUGUGUGAGUGUCUGCGAGGGAUCUUCCGGAUCACCUGGACACCCUCUUCAGAUGCAGACUCUGACAGAGAGGACAGUCAUGGGAAUCCAGAAACCAGAGAUUCUCCCGUAAAGAACAAAAGACGCUCUCCCCCCUCAGAUAGACCUCCUUUUGGCCCUCAUCUAAGUACACACCACAGCAUCUCAGCAGAUGAACAGGACAGCCCAGAGCGAAUUGUUCAGAAGGAAAAACUCCAUGCAGAACUAAAGCAAGUUUUGAGUCGGAAGAGAAGCCAGCUUAGAGACACCCAAUCCACCCCUAGAGACAUGGAGGAACCCCCCAACACAGACAAUAAGAAUGGGGCGGAAAAGGAUAACCAGUUGUCAGAGCUUGUGGAAGUGGUUGUUGAAACACAGGCUGAAGUUGGAGCUAGUGGGUACAGUGUGGUGGGUGGAGGGGAGCGUGGCAUCUUUAUCCAAGAGGUCCUGCGAGACUCCCCAGCAGCAAAACACCUCAGCCUACAGAAAGGAGAUCAGCUGCUAAGUGCCAGGGUGUAUUUUGAUAACGUGAAAUAUGAGGACGCAUUAAAAAUUCUUCAGUGUGCAGAACCCUACAAAGUGUCCUUCUUUUUGAAGAGGACUGUGCCAGGAAGGGAAGUCAGCAUUCGUCCAGGUGCACAAAGUCUUGAGCUCAGAGGACCCAAGGCCAAGAUGCAAAGAAUGAGCGUCAAAACCGCGAAACCGUUCAAAUCCAAGAAAAGGAGAGGAGGAAGAUUUGGAUUGAAAAGGCUGAAAGAGAACAAAAAAGCAAAAGCACAGGCAGAGCUGGACACUGAGGGCUCACCAGCCAAAUCAGACCUCAGUCCAGUUGAUGUUGAGUUUGUAUUCCCAAAGUUCAAGAUGAGGAAAGGUGGGAGGACCACUGCAGAUGUGUCAGGACACCUGGAGGGCAUGAUCCCAAGCAGCAAGAAGAAGAAGUCCAGAUUUGGUGAAGGGAAUGUCAAUGUAGAUUUUGCAACACGUGAGGGAGAGGCCUCUGGAACAAAAAUGAAGGUCAAGGGGAAAGGUCCAAAAUUUGGAAUGAAUUUCUCCAAACUGAAAAAGUCAAAUUUAGAUGUAGAGUCUUCAAAUGACAGCUUUGAGGUGAAGGGCCUAGAGGCCAGAAUUAAGCCUCCGUCGGUAGAGUGCGAUUUGAACAUGCCUCAGGGCAAAGCUGAAACUAAUGUUCCUAAUCUUGAGGUUAGUGUUAAAGGAAAAGGACAGGGUCCUGAGAUAAAAAUGCCAAAGAUGAAUUUAGAUGUCUCAGAGACAAAGAUGACAAUCCCAAAGUUUAAACUGCCAAAGGUAAGACUUUCUUGUCAUUCUGAUGAAAUUGAUGGAGAGGCAAAUAAACAAAAUGACACAUAUGAAAGUAAACUGAAAACGCCCAAGAUUGACAUCAAAGCACCAAAUGUGGAUUUAGACUUGCAUCUCUCAAAAACUAAGGGCAUGGCUGAAUUCAAAGAUGGUGAAAAAAUCAACACGGCCAAACUUGACACAUCAUUACCAAAGCUUAACCUUGAUGCAAAACUUGGAGAUGACAUUGAUGGAUCCAUGGUCAAAGAGCAUGUGAUUUCUCUCCCCCAACUUGACAUUUUAGUGCCCAAGAUAGAGACAUCAGACGUGGACAUGGGUCUUCCUACAUUAGAUGUGACAUUACCAAAGAUGGCUGCAAAAAACAUUGAUACUGAGAGACAUGCAAGUGCUGGGGUGACAUUUGAAAUGACAAAAUUAGACAUCUCUCUACCAAAAAUAACAUCCCCUGAGGGUGAAGUGAUAGUUGCAGAACCUGAAGCAAAAACUGGAAAAUAUCACCAGCCAAAUAUCAUUAUUUCAUUACCAAAAGGUAAAGCAGAAGGAAAAGUGGAAGGUCAGAAAGGAGCUAAGGUCGACAUUUCUUUACCAAAAGAAACAUUAGAGGGGGGUGCCGAUAUUGAAGGCCAGUUUGGAAAUGGGGGAAAGUUUAAAAUGCCUAGCGUAGGUGUCUCCCUACCUAAUGUAAAAUUUUCUGAGCACGCCAUUUCUGAGGGGCCUGAAAUGAAAGCAGGAAAAUUGAGUAAGCCAUCCAUUGAAAUUUCACUUCCUGAAGGCAAAACAGAGGGAAACAUUGAGGUUGGACAACCAUCUGGGGAAGGAGGCAAAUUCAAAAUGCCACAUCUAGAUGCUUCACUUCCAAAAAUGAAAUUUACCACAGGUAAAAUCAAUACUGAGGAUCCAGAGGUCAAAGGUGAGAAAUUCCAAAUGCCAUCCGUUGAUAUAUCAUUACCAAAAGGAAACGUAAAGGCUGGUGUUGAGGUCGAGGGUCAUUCUGGUAAAGCGGAAAUGCCCAAAAUUGAUCUGAAAAUGCCAUUGCUAGAGGGCAAAAUCAUUUCCGAAAGUCAUGAAGUAAGCAUUUCUGGAGUUGAUAUUUCAUUUCCAAAAGGAAAAACAAAAGAUGUGCCAGAUGUUGACAUAUCUCUUCCACAAGGAAAAGUAAAGGGAGAUGUCAUCGUCAAAAAGGGAGGAAAGUUUCAAAUGCCCAAAAUAGAUCUUUCACUUCCAAGGAUGAAAUCCAAACCAGUACAUGUCAAUGUUAAAGGACCUGAGUCAAAAGGAAGCACAGUUCACACACCUUCCAUUGAUAUUUCUUUGCCUAAAGUUAAAGCUGAGACAAACAUUGAUAUUGAAGGUCAUUCUGGAACAGAUAUAACGUUUGAAAUGCCAAAAAUUGAUAACUCACAGCCAAAAGUGAAAGCUCCAGAAGGAAAUAUGAGAGCUGAAGCUCCUCAGAUGCCAGGAGGAAAGUUAAAUAUGCCAUCAAUUGAAAUGUCCUUUCCAAAAGGGAAGGAAAAAGGACACACUGACAUUGACGGCAAAACGACAGGGGCAAGUAAAGGUGGAAAGUUUCACAUGCCCUCUAUAGAUAUCUCUCUGCCAGGAGGAGGAUCAGGAGGAGAUGUAGAUGUUGAAGGACAUGAGGAAAAAGGAGGUAAAUUUGAAAUGCCCAAAUUCGAUGUUCCUUUGCCUAAAUUAAAACCAUCAGGAGGUGAAAUCAAUGUUGAAGGUCCUGAUAUCAAAGGUGGAAAGUUUCACAUGCCCUCUAUAGAUAUCUCUCUGCCAAGAGGAGGAGCAGGAGGAGAUGUAGAUGUUGAAGGACAUGCAGGAAAAGGAGGAAAAUUUGAAAUGCCUAAAUUUGAUGUGUCCUUGCCUAAAUUAAAACCAUCUGAGGGUGAAGUUAAUAUUGAAGGCCCUGAUAUCAAAGGUGGAAAGUUUCACAUGCCCUCUAUAGAUAUCUCUCUACCAAGAGGAGGAGCAGGAGGAGAUGUAGAGGUUGAAGGACAUGCAGGAAAAGGAGGAAAAUUUGAAAUGCCUAAAUUUGAUGUGUCCUUGCCUAAAUUAAAACCAUCAGGAGGUGAAAUCAAUGUUGAAGGUCCCGAUAUCAAGGGUGGAAAGUUUCACGUGCCCUCUAUAGAUAUCUCUCUACCAAGAGGAGGAGCAGGAGGAGAUGUAGAGGUUGAAGGACAUGCAGGAAAAGGAGGAAACUUUGAAAUGCCUAAAUUUGAUGUGUCCUUGCCUAAAUUAAAACCAUCAGGAGGUGAAAUCAAUGUUGAAGGUCCCGAUAUCAAAGGUGGAAAGUUUCACAUGCCCUCUAUAGAUAUCUCCCUACCAAGAGGAGGAGCAGGAGGAGAUGUAGAGGUUGAAGGACAUGCAGGAAAAGGAGGACAAUUUGAAAUGCCUAAAUUUGAUGUGUCCUUGCCUAAAUUAAAACCAUCAGGAGGUGAAAUCAAUGUUGAAGGUCCCGAUAUCAAAGGUGGAAAGUUUCACAUGCCCUCUAUAGAUAUCUCCCUACCAAGAGGAGGAGCAGGAGGAGAUGUAGAGGUUGAAGGACAUGCAGGAAAAGGAGGAAAAUUUGAAAUGCCUAAAUUUGAUGUGUCCUUGCCUAAAUUAAAACCAUCAGGAGGUGAAAUCAAUGUUGAAGGUCCCGAUAUCAAAGGUGGAAAGUUUCACAUGCCCUCUAUAGAUAUCUCUCUACCAAGAGGAGGAGCAGGAGGAGAUGUAGAGGUUGAAGGACAUGCAGGAAAAGGAGGAAAAUUUGAAAUGCCUAAAUUUGAUGUGUCCUUGCCUAAAUUAAAACCAUCAGGAGGUGAAAUCAAUGUUGAAGGUACCGAUAUCAAAGGUGGAAAGUUUCACAUGCCCUCUAUAGAUAUCUCUCUACCAAGAGGAGGAGCAGGAGGAGAUGUAGAGGUUGAAGGACAUGCAGGAAAAGGAGGAAAAUUUGAAAUGCCUAAAUUUGAUGUGUCCUUGCCUAAAUUAAAACCAUCAGGAGGUGAAAUCAAUGUUGAAGGUCCUGAUAUCAAAGGUGGAAAGUUUCACAUGCCCUCUAUAGAUAUCUCCCUACCAAGAGGAGGAGCGAGAGGAGAUGUAGAGGUUGAAGGACAUGCAGGAAAAGGAGGAAAAUUUGAAAUGCCUAAAUUUGAUGUGUCCUUGCCUAAAUUAAAACCAUCAGGAGGUGAAAUCAAUGUUGAAGGUCCCGAUAUCAAAGGUGGAAAGUUUCACAUGCCCUCUAUAGAUAUCUCCCUACCAAGAGGAGGAGCAGGAGGAGAUGUAGAGGUUGAAGGACAUGCAGGAAAAGGAGGAAAAUUUGAAAUGCCUAAAUUUGAUGUGUCCUUGCCUAAAUUAAAACCAUCUGAGGGUGAAGUUAAUAUUGAAGGCCCUGAUAUCAAAGGUGGAAAGUUUCACAUGCCCUCUAUAGAUAUCUCCCUACCAAGAGGAGGAGCAGGAGGAGAUGUAGAGGUUGAAGGACAUGCAGGAAAAGGAGGAAAAUUUGAAAUGCCUAAAUUUGAUGUGUCCUUGCCUAAAUUAAAACCAUCAGGAGGUGAAAUCAAUGUUGAAGGUCCCGAUAUCAAAGGUGGAAAGUUUCACAUGCCCUCUAUAGAUAUCUCCCUACCAAGAGGAGGAGCAGGAGGAGAUGUAGAGGUUGAAGGACAUGCAGGAAAAGGAGGAAAAUUUGAAAUGCCUAAAUUUGAUGUGUCCUUGCCUAAAUUAAAACCAUCAGGAGGUGAAAUCAAUGUUGAAGGUCCCGAUAUCAAAGGUGGAAAGUUUCACAUGCCCUCUAUAGAUAUCUCCAUACCAAGAGGAGGAGCAGGAGGAGAUGUAGAGGUUGAAGGACAUGCAGGAAAAGGAGGAAAAUUUGAAAUGCCUAAAUUUGAUGUGUCCUUGCCUAAAUUAAAACCAUCAGGAGGUGAAAUCAAUGUUGAAGGUCCCGAUAUCAAAGGUGGAAAGUUUCACAUGCCCUCUAUAGAUAUCUCUCUACCAAGAGGAGGAGCAGGAGGAGAUGUAGAUGUUGAAGGACAUGGAGGUAAAGGAGGAAAAUUUGAAAUGCCUAAAUUUGAUGUGUCCUUGCCUAAAUUAAAACCAUCAGGAGGUGAAAUCAAUGUUGAGGGUCCCGAUAUCAAAGGUGGAAAGUUUCACAUGCCCUCUAUAGAUAUCUCUCUACCAAAAGGAGGAGCAGGAGGAGACGUAGAUGUUGAAGGACAUACAGGAAAGGGAAGAAAAUUUGAAAUGCCUAAAGUUGAUUUCUCCUUGCCUAAAUUAAAAAAAUCAGGAGGUGAAAUCAAUGUUGAAGGUCCUGAUAUCAAAGGUGGAAAGUUUAACAUGCCCUCUAUAGAUAUCUCUCUACCGGGAGGAGGAGCAGGAGGAGAUGUAGAUGUUGAAGGACAUGGAGGAAAAGGAGGAAAAUUUGAAAUGCCUAAAUUUGAUGUGUCCUUGCCUAAAUUAAAACCAUCAGGAGGUGAAAUCAAUGUUGAAGGUACCGAUAUCAAAGGUGGAAAGUUUCACAUGCCCUCUAUAGAUAUCUCUCUACCAAGAGGAGGAGCAGGAGGAGAUGUAGAUGUUGAAGGACAUGCAGGAAAAGGAGGAAAAUUUGGAAUGCCUAAAUUUGAUGUGUCCUUGCCUAAAUUAAAACCAUCAGGAGGUGAAAUCAAUAUUGAGGGUUCCGAUAGCAAAGGUGGAAAGUUUCAUAUGCCCUCUAUAGAUAUCUCUCUGCCAAGAGGAGGAACAGGAGGAGAUGUAGAGGUUGAAGGACAUGCAGGAAAAGGAGGAAAAUUUGAAAUGCCUAAAUUUGAUGUGUCCUUGCCUAAAUUAAAACCAUCAGGAGGUGAAAUCAAUGUUGAAGGUCCCGAUAUCAAAGGUGGAAAGUUUCACAUGCCCUCUGUAGAUAUCUCUCUGCCAAGAGGAGGAGCAGGAGGAGAUGUAGAUGUUGAAGGGCAUGCAAGAAAGGGAAGAAAAUUUGAAAUGCCUAAAGUUGAUUUCUCCUUGCCUAAAUUAAAAAAAUCAGGAGGUGAAAUCAAUGUUGAAGGUCCUGAUAUCAAAGGUGGAAAGUUUAACAUGCCCUCUAUAGAUAUCUCUCUACCAAGAGGAGGAGCAGGAGGAGAUGUAGAUGUGGAAGGACAUGCAGGAAAAGGAGGAAAAUUUGAAAUGCCUAAAUUUGAUGUGUCCUUGCCUAAAUUAAAACCAUCAGGAGGUGAAAUCAAUGUCGAAGGUACUGAUGUCAAAGGUGGAAAGUUUAACAUGCCCUCUAUAGAUAUCUCUCUACCGGGAGGAGGAGCAGGAGGAGAUGUAGAGGUGGAAGGACAUGCAGGAAAAGGAGGAAAAUUUGAAAUGCCUAAAUUUGAUGUGUCCUUGCCUAAAUUAAAACCAUCAGGAGGUGAAAUCAAUAUUGAGGGUCCCGAUAUCAAAGGUGGAAAGUUUCACAUGCCCUCUAUAGAAAUCUCCCUACCAAGAGGAGGAGCAGGAGGAGAUGUAGAGGUUGAAGGACAUGCAGGAAAAGGAGGGAAAUUUGAAAUGCCUAAAUUUGAUGUGUCCUUGCCUAAAUUAAAACCAUCAGGAGGUGAAAUCAAUGUUGAAGGUCCUGAUGUCAAAGGUGGAAAGUUUAACAUGCCCUCUAUAGAUAUCUCCCUACCAAGAGGAGGAGCAGGAGGAGAUGUAGAGGUUGAAGGACAUGCAGGAAAAGGAGGAAAAUUUGAAAUGCCUAAAUUUGAUGUGUCCUUGCCUAAAUUAAAACCAUCAGGAGGUGAAAUCAAUGUUGAAGGUCCCGAUAUCAAAGGUGGAAAGUUUCACAUGCCCUCUAUAGAUAUCUCCCUACCAAGAGGAGGAGCAGGAGGAGAUGUAGAGGUUGAAGGACAUGCAGGAAAAGGAGGAAAAUUUGAAAUGCCUAAAUUUGAUGUGUCCUUGCCUAAAUUAAAACCAUCAGGAGGUGAAAUCAAUGUUGAAGGUCCCGAUAUCAAAGGUGGAAAGUUUCACAUGCCCUCUAUAGAUAUCUCUCUACCAAGAGGAGGAGCAGGAGGAGAUGUAGAUGUUGAAGGACAUGCAGGAAAAGGAGGAAAAUUUGAAAUGCCUAAAUUUGAUGUGUCCUUGCCUAAAUUAAAACCAUCAGGAGGUGAAAUCAAUGUUGAAGGUCCCGAUAUCAAAGGUGGAAAGUUUCACAUGCCCUCUAUAGAUAUCUCUCUACCAAGAGGAGGAGCAGGAGGAGAUGUAGAUGUUGAAGGACAUGCAGGAAAAGGAGGAAAAUUUGAAAUGCCUAAAUUUGAUGUGUCCUUGCCUAAAUUAAAACCAUCAGGAAGUGAAAUCAAUGUUGAAGGUCCCAAUAUCAAAGGUGGAAAGAUUCACAUGCCCUCUAUAGAUAUCUCCCUACCAAGAGGAGGAGCAGGAGGAGAUGUAGAGAUUGAAGGACAUGCAGGAGGAAAAUUUGAAAUGCCUAAAUUUGAUGUGUCCUUGCCUAAAUUAAAACCAUCAGGAGGUGAAAUCAAUGUUGAAGGUCCUGAUGUCAAAGGUGGAAAGUUUCACAUGCCCUCUAUAGAUAUCUCUCUACCAAGAGGAGGAGCAGGAGGAGAUGUAGAUGUUGAAGGACAUGCAGGAAAAGGAGGAAAAUUUGAAAUGCCUAAAUUUGAUGUGUCCUUGCCUAAAUUAAAACCAUCAGGAGGUGAAAUCAAUGUUGAAGGUCCUGAUAUCAAAGGUGGAAAGUUUAACAUGCCCUCUAUAGAUAUCUCUCUACCAAGAGGAGGAGCAGGAGGAGAUGUAGAUGUUGAAGGACAUGCAGGAAAAGGAGGAAAAUUUGAAAUGCCUAAAUUUGAUGUGUCCUUGCCUAAAUUAAAACCAUCAGGAGGUGAAAUCAAUGUUGAAGGUCCUGAUAUCAAAGGUGGAAAGUUUCACAUGCCCUCUAUAGAUAUCUCUCUACCAAGAGGAGGAGCAGGAGGAGAUGUAGAUGUUGAAGGACAUGGAGGAAAAGGAGGAAAAUUUGAAAUGCCUAAAUUUGAUGUGUCCUUGCCUAAAAUAAAACCAUCAGGAGGUGAAAUCAAUGUUGAAGGUCCCGAUAUCAAGGGUGGAAAUUUUAACAUGCCCUCUAUAGAUAUCUCUCUGCCAAGAGGAGGAGCAGGAGGAGAUGUAGAUGUUGAAGGACAUGCAGGAAAAGGAGGAAAAUUUGAAAUGCCUAAAUUUGAUGUGUCCUUGCCUAAAUUAAAAAAAUCAGGAGGUGAAAUCAAUGUUGAAGGUCCUGAUGUCAAAGGUGGAAAGUUUAACAUGCCCUCUAUAGAUAUCUCUCUACCAAGAGGAGGAGCAGGAGGAGAUGUAGAUGUGGAAGGACAUGCAGGAAAAGGAGGAAAAUUUGAAAUGCCUAAAUUUGAUGUGUCCUUGCCUAAAUUAAAACCAUCAGGAGGUGAAAUCAAUGUUGAAGGUCCUGAUAUCAAAGGUGGAAAGUUUAACAUGCCCUCUAUAGAUAUCUCUCUACCAAGAGGAGGAGCAGGAGGAGAUGUAGAUGUUGAAGGACAUGGAGGAAAAGGAGGAAAAUUUGAAAUGCCUAAAUUUGAUGUGUCCUUGCCUAAAUUAAAACCAUCAGGAGGUGAAAUCAAUGUUGAAGGUCCUGAUAUCAAAGGUGGAAAGUUUCACAUGCCCUCUAUAGAUAUCUCUCUACCAAGAGGAGGAGCAGGAGGAGAUGUAGAUGUUGAAGGACAUGGAGGAAAAGGAGGAAAAUUUGAAAUGCCUAAAUUUGAUGUGUCCUUGCCUAAAUUAAAACCAUCAGGAGGUGAAAUCAAUGUUGAAGGUCCCGAUAUCAAAGGUGGAAAGUUUAACAUGCCCUCUAUAGAUAUCUCCCUACCAAGAGGAGGAGCAGGAGGAGAUGUAGAGAUUGAAGGACAUGCAGGAGGAAAAUUUGAAAUGCCUAAAUUUGAUGUUUCUUUACCUAAAUUAAAACCAUCUGGAGGUGAAAUCAAUGUUGAAGGUCCUGAUAUCAAAGGUGGAAAGUUUCACAUGCCCUCUAUAGAUAUCUCUCUACCAAGAGGAGGAGCAGGAGGAGAUGUAGAUGUUGAAGGACAUGGAGGAAAAGGAGGAAAAUUUGAAAUGCCUAAAUUUGAUGUGUCCUUGCCUAAAUUAAAACCAUCAGGAGGUGAAAUCAAUGUUGAAGGUCCCGAUAUCAAAGGUGGAAAGUUUAACAUGCCCUCUAUAGAUUUCUCCCUACCAAGAGGAGGAGCAGGAGGAGAUGUAAAGGUUGAAGGACAUGCAGGAAAGGGAAGAAAAUCUGACCUGCCUAAAGUUGAUGUUUCCUUGCCUAAAUUAAAACCAUCAGGAGGUGAAAUCAAUGUUGAAGGUCCUGAUGUCAAAGCUGGAAAGUUUCACAUGCCCUCUAUAGAAAUCUCUCUGCCAGGAACCACAGAUUCUAAUGCUAAGACCAAAGCUUCCGGUGCCAAGAUUAGUGACUUAAAUGUACCUGAGGCUACUUUAAGUGGUAACAUCAAGCUGCCAACUAUGAAAAUACCAACUGUCGACAUAUCUGCUCCAAAAGUUGACCUGGACUUUACUCUUCCAAUGGUAAAGGACCAUGAUAGAGAGAAUAUUGAACUUCUCAAGGCAGAGAGUGGAAGACCGUCAUCCGGGGCAAGUUUUGAUAUUCCAGACGUCUCUGUAAAAAUGCCCAAAAUUUCACUCCCUAAAUUCGGCAGAAAAUUUAAAAGUGGAGACAAACUAGAACUAGAGAGUCCUGGAUUAUCUAUAGGCUUGGACAUAGAAAAAACAUUACCAUCCGUGGAAACUGAUGCCAAAAUGAAUAAGUCCAAAAUCAAAAUGUCAUCCAUUGGAACAUCUAAAAAGGAUAUUGAAAUAAUUGGCCCUGAAGCUAAAAUGAAGAUAAACGCAGAUGCUGGAGAAAUUACAAAACCUAAAAUUAGAGUGGAGGGUCCUGAUGACAAGGUCAGAUCCAGGCUCAAAUUCCCCAAAUUCAAGACACCUACUCCAAAAGCAAAGCUCAAAGAAGUAGAAAUGGAUAUGCCUGCAGUGGAGAACAAAGGAAAGGUCAAAAUGCCAGUAGUUGAGAUAUCAUUGCCAACAGCAAAUAUUCCAGAAUGUGAGGUAUUGCUUCCAAAAACUGAGGUUGAUGUAUCUGAAGCAGAUAUCAGAGGUUAUGAGGGCAGUUUAAAAAUUCCUAAGAUGCCAACUAUUGGCAUAUCAGUUCCAAAAGUUGAUUUAGAUGUUUCUUUGCCAAGGGUAAACCUUCAUAAACCAGAAGACUCAAAAUCUUCUGACUUAAACAUUGAUAGUAAUAGAGGUAUGGUCAAUUUACCUCAUGUUAAAAUCCCCAAAGUAGACCUUUCACUUCCACAUGGAAAAACAGGAGACACAGGUACUCAUGAGGUGGAGAUUGGAAAGAGGGGUAAAUUAAGAAUGCCAGAAGUGGAAAUAUCAUUACCUCAUGUGAAAAAUGAGACAUCUAGCACUGAUAUUGAAAUUAAAGGUGAAAAAAUUGCAGUGCCUUAUGUUGAUAUAUCUGAUUAUCCUGAUUCAGAAUCUGGAGCUAAAGGAAGUAAAUUACAAAUGCCAGACAUCACAGUGCCGAAGAUAGAUUUAUCGCUACCUCGUGGAAGCAAAGGAGAAAGUCAUGCACCAGAUCCAGAACUAGAAGGUAGAAAAUUAAAGAUGCCAACAGUAGAUAUAUCCUUUCCUAAAAUAAAAUCUAAAGACGUUGCUCCAGAACUUCACCCUGGUGAAGUAAAAGGUAAAGUCACGGUCCCUGGAAUUAAACUACCAACAGUAGAUAUCUCAUUACCUCAUGGUAAAAUAGAAGACAUUGAUACUCUUGAACUGGAAGCAUGUGGCAAAGAAGGGAAAUUCAAAUCGCCUAAUAUCAAAAUUCCAAAAGCAGAUAUAUCAUUACAAGGACAACAAGAGAAUACAGAAAAAACAGAGGUCAGAAAACCAGGUGGAAACUUUGAAUUACCAAAAAUAGCAAUGCCUAAAAUGGAUAUAUCAUUACCUUAUGGCAAAACGGGCGACACUGGGGCUUCAGGAUCUGCGAAAGUAGAAGGUGGACAACACAAAAUGCCGGAUAUUAAGAUACCACAGGUAGACAUAUCAUUACCAAGAGGUAAAACUGGAGAGUUUGAUACUAAAGAAGUAGAAUCUGGAGGAGGGGGUGGAAAAUUCACUAUUUCAAAAGUUAAAAUCCCAAAAGUAGAUAUAGUAAUGUCAAGUGAUGCAGACGUGUCAGUUCCUUCUACUGAUGCAGGACUUAAAGAGGGUAAAAAGGUGAGGAUGCCAACUACAAAUAUAGAGGGACCUAAUGUGGAUCUAGAGUUGGAUCUUGGCUUGCCGAAAAAAGGGAAAAAAAAUAAAAAGAAGACUAAACUUCCAGAAAUUGAUCUAAGCCCCACUGCACCACAAGAAAAAGAAAAAACAAAAGGACCCAAAGUUAAAGGUUCAAAAUUUAAUAUUGGAAUGCCAAAAGUAAAAGUAUCUGCAGUAGAAAUUGACACAACCAAGCCUGGAAAAAAGGACGCCACAUUUACAAAAGGAGGAACGGAUGCAAACUUGACAGCUGAUUUACCAGCACCAAAGAUUCCCGAACUUGACUUUGACAUUGAGACUGCCCAAGUUGACACUAAUAACUCUGAAGAAGAUAAAAAGCAGACGGGUAAAGUCAAAAUCCCAAAGUUUGGGAUACCUCUGCCAUCUUUAAGUUCACCUGAAGUUAACAUCCCAUCAUCUCGGGUAAAAGGUCACUCCAUAAACGUAGACUCUGAGGUAGACUACGAGGGCCCACGUAUGCCAAAAGUAACGAAAGCCGUAUUUGUUAUGGUGAAUCCACAAACCGAGAGCGCUGCUAGUGUAGGUGGUGAAGCAAGUGCCGAAAUUGGAGAAGAGAAGCUCAAGUUGGCAAAGAAAAAAAUAAAGUCGAGUUUUGGCAAGUCUCAAUCAAAUGAAAAGGGGAAUGCAGUAAAUUUGGAGCAGGAGGUUGAAACCGAAGGAAGGUCAAAAACUGGUAAGCUUAAAUUACCCAAAGUCACAUUUUCAUCUGGGCAGAGAGGAUCAUUUGAUGUAACACCAAGCGGGUCUGAUGAUGGAACAAGCCUAAAUGGUGACAAAGAUGAAAAAGCAAUGUUUGGAAAGCUUAAAUUGCCCAAAUUGGAGUUUUUUUCACCCUACUCAAAAGAGACGGUCCAGGAAGAGGAAUUGGAAACAAGCGUGACGUGUCUCAAGAAGGAGACCUCGGGGGAAAGCAAAGAGAGCAAGGAGACAAUGACAAUAUCAGGCACAGUGAGAGAGACUGAUACUUUAGUUUAUUCCAAGGCAAGGACUGAAAUGCUAGCAGGACGGGAGGGAUCAGAGUCCCCAAAAGCUACAGUAUCAUCUGCGUUCGUCUCCGUAAAGAAGAGCGAAGAAAGACAAGAAACAACAUGUUUCAAAGUACCCAAGUUUACCCUUAGUCCCCAUUCUACUGGCAUCCUUCACAUCACACCAGAAAGCUCUCCGAAAGGAAGCAAGUCCUCUCUUCAUUGCUCUAGUGAGGAAGCCUCUGGAGGUUUCUAUGUGAAGAUGCCAAGCGUUGAAUAUUUGACCCAUGAAAUGUCCUCAGAGCAUCUGAUUACUAAAACAGAGGGAACUCUUACAGUUGUGACUAAGACAACAAAGUAUACAGAAACAAAAAGCAGCAGUUCGAAACAGUAAGCAUCUCAGUUACAGAACAAGAUAUAAUAUAAUAUAUAGGCCAUAUAAAUAUUUUUAUAUGUGGCAAUUAUUUCAGUAUAAUUUAUUAUUUAUAUAUUUUUUCUUGUUUGCUUAAUAAUAAGAAAAACACAACUUAUGCAUAAUGAAAAUGUUGCUACAAAACGAGUAUUAUUAAAUCAUGUUUUGUAACUUGCCACUCUGAAUUGAUACUUCUGUAAAGAUUUUUCUCUGAUUAAUCACAUUUUGUUGUAGAUAAGAAACAUACAACAUAGACACAAAUCUGUGCAAAACAGACAUAUUACUUUUAUUUUAGUUUUUGCUUAUGCUUUGUCCAGUCUUAUCACAGUACGCCAUUUAAACUGCAGAAUUUUACAGCAUUUUGGAAAUAUUGCUUUGCCUUUUUGAUGCCUGGUUUGUCUAUGUGGUUUUGUGGUUGUUGUUAUGGAAUUCUGUUUAUUUUAGGUACUAUUAGAAAUACAUGUACUAUUUUUACAUAUUUAUAUGCAUGAUCUGUACAGAUAGGACUCUAAAAAAGGAAGCUGUGAUGUGAGUAUUUUCGUGAUACAUAUUUUUGUCAUAAAUUCAAACAAUAUACAUUGAGAUUUUCUAAGGAUUGUGUUAUGCUGUACCAGAUUGCCUUUCUCUGUUUGAAAACGCUGAGUGUGAAAAAACAGCAUUUCCUUUUUAAAAUGAACUCUUGUGUUGAUGGAUUUUACAUGCUAGGAAUAUGUAUAUGUAUAUUAUAUUUAAGGCAUGUUUGUAAUGUGUUGCUUUUCUGAAACAGUCAUUUAGAUGAUGCCUAUCCCCAUCUAAUGCAAAAAUAGAAUACUCAAAUAAAAUAUUAAAAUUUUAAUUAGUUUUA